UUUUUUGAUGUUUCUGCCUCUAAAACAAAUCUAGGCUGUACGACACCGCUUGGUAUGGAAAAUGGAGCGAUCCAUGAUUCCAGGAUAACCGCUUCAUCGUCACUUGACAACAAACACACCGCUUUGCAAGCAAGGCUGCAUCUCACAGCUGAUUCCAGGACGGGGGGAGGGUGGUCGGCUCUUAAAGACGACUUUUAUCAGUGGCUUCAGAUAGAACUUGGUGGUUACACAACUGUAACAAGUGUAGCGACCCAAGGAGGGAAUGGACGAAACGAAUGGGUGACACAGUACAGAUUGAAAUAUAGCCGUGCAGGAAAUAUCUUCAUGUAUUAUAAGCUGAGGGAAAGCAGCUCAGCAAUGGUAAGUAUACAUAAAGCUCAGUCGUGUUCGUUAGAUUUGUGGUGAUUUGUGGGUUUUGUCAUUAACCGUAACUGCAAUCUUUGACAAAGCCACUGAAGGAAAUAUUACAUAGUCUACAGGUGUAUAUGCAUCUAAAGAGGCAAACAACAUUGACUCCAGAAGUAGGGGUGUAAUAUUUGUUGGUUCGUCAAAUAUAAUAUACGUUAAAAUGCUUGGAAUGCAUUUAAUGUGAUAUUUUUCUCCAGGGUUGGAAUAAGUAAUCUCGAAAGCCGUAAAGCGGUAGGAAAUAUGAUAUUAUCCAUCAGAGCUAGAGGGAGGUAGAUUGGUUUACUGUUAAUUCUAACUUAGGCUGUUCGCAGUACCCUAUUUUUCGUAAGAUCGGCCAUCUUGGUUUCAUAUUUACCGAGGGGGAGGCAGGGUCGGGGUUUGUAGCGAUAGGGGAUGGAGGACUCCUCCCAAACCGUCCUCCGCUUCCUAAGUAGAUUUGACUUUCAUCUCCAGGCUAAACUCGAAAAAUUUGAAACCAAGAUGGCCGCCCGUAACGCAGGGCGCUCGAUCUCGAUGAUCUUACGAAAAAAAGCGGUGGUGUCUAAUUCCAACUCGUCGCCGAAAACAGUUGGGGUGACCGUUGGUCAUUCAGUUUGUCCUGAUUAGCCGGGAUUUACUUGAAAUGAGAAAGUGAAAAUUAGUAGGCUUGUUUUCCCCUUUUAGGUGUUUGAAGGCAAUAAAGACAGUAACAGCGUUUUUACAAACAGAUUAAGCCCGCCGAUGAGAGCACGCUACAUUCGCUUUAUACCAAUAGAGUGGCAUAAUCACAUAUCAAUGAGAGUAGAGAUCUACGGCUGCCCAGGUGUGCUUUACUUACAAAUAAUUUUCUCAGAGUUGUAUGUAAGCUAGAGUGCAGUGUGAGCGGUAAUGAUUAACUUGAAUUGGCAUGUUGAAAAUAACCGUGGUUAGCACCCUAUGUAGCGUUUAUUUGCUGAUUUACCGGCGGAAAAGAAAUAAUCCUUUGUAAUCUACCUAGGGUUUUACUUUAGUCAAAUUUUCACGCCAAAUUAGCCUUACAUUUGCCAUGGGAGUAACCACGACGGCGACGGUUGCUAAAACGUCACUAAUCAUUAAAGUGAUUUUGUACUAACUGUUUCAAACUUCACCGCGCUUCUUUCAUCACGUUCAAGUUAUCAAAUGUUGGCAAAUUUUCUGGGGUUAAAUUCUAAAACAGCUGUAUGCAAGUUCAGAGAAAGAAAAAAAUUCGUCGUCUUGCCUUAACGUCCACCACAAAAACACAAAAUUAGGCAGUUCCGACUUCGUAGUCGUGCCGAUGGCAAAGAAAUGUACAAAAAAGCGGGAUGCAUGUGCAAAGUUGCCGUUUUGCUUAUAUUGCACCUAUUGCUUUUUCGCUGUUCUGGCUGCCCACGCCGUCGUCGUCGCUUAAAGGCUCCCUAUUAUUAUGGUUUAGUUGUCUCGUGUAACCGCAGCUAAUAGUUCCUCUAUGAUGGUUUAUCUCCUAAUGGAUAAAUGGAUAAACGAUUGGAUCACAAAUUGAACUUUUUAAGACAUUUUUCAUUAAAUUUUCCACUUCCAAACAGAAUAAAGAAAAAACGUAUGGAUUCUUUGGUAUGACCGUUCAAAAUACUACUUGAUGACUGUUUUAUUUUCCGGUGGUCACAUUCAUUAAAAGUGUUUUACGUAACGCACUUACGGAUAGUUUUGCUUGAGCUACGACUUUCAGUUCAAACAUACCGCCCCAAAAAAUGAACUGUACUAUCGCACCAUACAGAUUGUAUAGCACCACUUGGUAUGGAAAAUAAACAAAUAUCAGAUGCCCAGAUCAGUGCAUCUUCAAUGUCUGAUGACAAUAGCUCUCCAAGCAAGGCCAGGCUGCACCUCAAAGAAGAGCAAAACCUAACUGGAGGGGGUGGGUGGAGUGCCAUUAAAAACGAUCUCCACCAAUGGCUACAGGUGGACCUUGGAGGUUACAGCACAGUAACACGUGUAGCGACUCAGGGAAGGACUGGGUCCAUUGAGUGGGUGACCAAUUANUGUGCAAAGUUGCCGUUUUGCUUAUAUUGCACCUAUUGCUUUUUCGCUGUUCUGGCUGCCCACGCCGUCGUCGUCGCUUAAAGGCUCCCUAUUAUUAUGGUUUAGUUGUCUCGUGUAACCGCAGCUAAUAGUUCCUCUAUGAUGGUUUAUCUCCUAAUGGAUAAAUGGAUAAACGAUUGGAUCACAAAUUGAACUUUUUAAGACAUUUUUCAUUAAAUUUUCCACUUCCAAACAGAAUAAAGAAAAAACGUAUGGAUUCUUUGGUAUGACCGUUCAAAAUACUACUUGAUGACUGUUUUAUUUUCCGGUGGUCACAUUCAUUAAAAGUGUUUUACGUAACGCACUUACGGAUAGUUUUGCUUGAGCUACGACUUUCAGUUCAAACAUACCGCCCCAAAAAAUGAACUGUACUAUCGCACCAUACAGAUUGUAUAGCACCACUUGGUAUGGAAAAUAAACAAAUAUCAGAUGCCCAGAUCAGUGCAUCUUCAAUGUCUGAUGACAAUAGCUCUCCAAGCAAGGCCAGGCUGCACCUCAAAGAAGAGCAAAACCUAACUGGAGGGGGUGGGUGGAGUGCCAUUAAAAACGAUCUCCACCAAUGGCUACAGGUGGACCUUGGAGGUUACAGCACAGUAACACGUGUAGCGACUCAGGGAAGGACUGGGUCCAUUGAGUGGGUGACCAAUUACAAGUUACAGUACAGUGAUGAUGGAAUGAACUUUCAGUUUUACAAAGAACAUGGAAACAAAUCAGCUAAGGUACCUUCACACACGUAUAUGCAAAAUACUUUAAAGGCAACCAGAUGUUUUUAAAUCAGUUCUCUUUUCCAACAAGCUAGGCUACUUCGAUCGCCCAAUAUGUUUUGAUUAGACCCUGUGUGAAGUCAUAACCUGUUUUCUAUGGCAACAUAGCUGGUAAACACCGACUAUAUUGUGAACAGUUUUUUCAGGACUAGGUCAAACACAUUUAACCAAGCAUUGAACUGAGAGACUUGUUGGCCGUUUGUUUGCUCUUAGGGUUAGGGUUUAUGGUUUCACUGUUUCAUUGCUUAUUACAGGUUUUUACUGGAAACGAUGACAGUGAUACUGUUGUGUAUAAUGCACUGAGUCCACCAGUCACUACAAUGUUUCUUCGUGUAUUGCCUAUAGCUUGGAACAGUCGUAUAUCUAUGAGGAUAGAGCUGUAUGGUUGUCCAGGUAAU